ACUGUACACGAACUUUGCACCAACAAAAGUGUUUCACGUCACCGGUUGAGAAGUCAAUUUUUUUAAUCCCAGACGAAUCAUCAUCCUAUGAUCCUAGUAAUAUCUUCCUUCUUCUAAUGUUUAUGUAUUAGAGUAUAUUUCAAGAUGGAAGGAAUGCUCUACAAGUGGACAAAUUACUUAGCAGGUUGGCAGCCACGAUGGUUUGUUUUAGACAAGGGCAUCCUGACCUAUUACAAAUCACAAGAUGAGAUGCAGCAGGGCUGUAAAGGCUCUGUCAAAAUGGCCUGCUGUGAAAUCCAAGUGCACGGUACAGAUGAAACCAGACUAGACUUAAUCAUUCCAGGAGAGCAGCACUUCUACGUCCGAGGGGCGACCCCUGCUGACCGUCAGAGGUGGCUGGUUGCCCUAGGGUCGGCCAAAGCCUGUCUUGCUGACUCCAAAAACCACCAGAAGAAAGAGGAAUCAGAAGACACGUUACGUACUAAGAUGUCGGAGCUCAGACUGUACUGCGACCUUUUGACCCAGCAAGUAGCCAGUGUGAAGGCAGCUGGAUCUUCAGAAAUGGUACCCCCUGAUAUCGAGAAACUGAACGAGUCAUCUUCAUUACUCUCUGCUACCUGCGACACCUUCAUCAUGACGUUACAGGACUGUAUGAAGCUUGCCAAGGAAUCCUUCAUUCCAAAUAUCAACAACAUGGAUAUCAGCAACACCGUACUGCCACCCUCGACGCCAUUCUCUGACAAGAAAAAGUCAGGAGUUCAGAGGUCUAUAUCAGUCGAAGACAGGUACACUCCACAUUCGACCACCAAGCUCGGCGUCACAACACGCUACCGCAACCUUGAAGACAUGGCAGCUCGCUCAACUCCUCGCUCUCGCCCCACCAGUCGAACAGCCAGCAUCAGUAGUCAGGAAGGGGUACAAGCCGCCAUAGCGUCGACACCUAACAACGAGACCAAGAGAUCGCUCUCUCAGCCGACCACACCCACGGUCCAGGAGACACCGGUGGUAGUGAAUGGGGCGAGUCCAUCGUCCACCAUGGAAGCGAGAGUACCUACAUUCUUCUCAGAGCUCUCGGCCAAAUUUUCUGAUAUCCAAGUACCACCUGAUAACAGUAUACCUACUCAACCAUUCCUUGAUGCCUGUACUUGUAUAGUUGGAGUAUUCGAUGCCCUAAGCCCAACUGCAUUUGCACCUGUUAAAAUGGAUGUCAAUGGAAACAUAAGGAAACUUCGUCAGAAGCUGAGUAGUGACCCUGAGAUGUUCAUGAAGCUCCAAGCGAUGGUCCAGCAAGAAGUACGGACCAAGACCACGCAGGUCAAGAACUCAGCGACAGAUGCCCUCAUGUGGCUAAGGAGAACACUGGAAUUCAUCCAAGAGUUUUUAAGUGAGAUCCUGACAGGAGAGAGAGACAUGAACCUUGCAGCAACAAAUGCCUACGGGAGAACGUUGAAGAAAUACCAUGGCUGGGUAGUAAGAGGUGUUUUUGCACUUGCAGCGAAGGCAGUCCCAUCUAUGGAGUACUUCCUCCAGUUCUUAGCGGUGCACAAAGAGGAUGCCGAGAGACAAGACUUUGAGAGCAUCAUCUUAGCAGACCUCAAGGAGUGUGUCGGAGGACUCGCCAAACUCACUGCCAUCCUCAAAGAUCAUUAUGAAACAGGUGGUCUGGAGUCGGAAGAGAUCGUAUGAUUCCCCUCUCAAUGUUUAAAGCCCCACGGCACUACUUAUAGCUACUUGCGCCCUCUGUAUAGCAAACAAUGCCUAAGCGGUGACCAUUGGUCCCCCAUGAUCGUCUUUUUCUUAUGUUAGUUGAGAGUUGAUUUGAUGAGAUAACCACCUAUUGGUGACCAUGCAGGGAGGUCUAAUCCCUUUUGGCCAAACUAGUGCAGAUAGGCUUUAAGUGUCCACUAAUUCUUUGUCCAUAAUGGAUUGAAAUCCUCCACUGAUACAUUGUGGCUAUGUUUUGCAUACACAUAGUAUGUAUGUCAAAGGUGAAACGUAGCGAUCCACUGUUUGUUUCAUAGGUCGACCACAGCCUGUAAAGAGUUAGUGUUCUUUUUGCCUUGGAUGUUAAGCUAGUUUGGAGAUGCAAUCUGCCCCUGAUCAGAUUAAGAUUGGUUGUAUCAAAUCGUAAAAACUUACCAAGACAUAUACUGGAUAAGUGCAUAUAAAGUUAUGUAAUCAUUACUUCAUGCUGCAUUCCAUGGUGCACUGGUGGAAGUAUUCUUUUCAAAAUUGGAAGCGAGACUUAUCCAUGAACUACCUCCGUCAUUUUGGGAGUAACUUUUCACAACUGCACAAAGCGAGACCUCUCCACGUUCAAAAGAUCAUCAGUGGUCCUGUAAUCUGUAGGCUUUAAUUUGUACUAUACUGUAAACCGAUCCGUUCAGGUCACCAAGAAUUUCCACAAUAUUCCAGUAGAUCUAUUAUAGCAAGUCCAAGCUGUACGUUACAGACCAGAUCUAAGAAUUUAGUAUAUCUGAUUAUUGUAUCAGUUAAUUGUCACACUAGAGCUUUAUGGUUCAGACCACAUAUGAAAUGUAAUGACAGAUUCAAGGUCCUUGUCUGUCCAUAACUCUGUAAAACUUUGUGACAUAUUGGACACCAAGUGUGAGCAGGCACCACAAAACCACCAAAAGUCGCAUGGUGUGAUUUUCAUUUAGAGCUCAAUAAACGUGAGGUGUAUUUGAUCAGGUUGAUCAAGCGUCAAUUUUGUAUCACUUUCUGAUAGAUUAUAGUUUCCUUUAUGUAAUUUGAAAAUUUUGAAGCACCACACAAUCUAGAAGUAUUUCUAGCAGUGUUUUGAAUUAUAAUACAAGGCUGCUAGAAAUAAUUCAGAUUUCUAUAUAUGUAUGACAGAGUGAAGGUUAUAUUUCCCUUGAACAUGUGUUUGGAAUAUCAUGUUUACUAUUUAGUUCGAUCAACAUUAUGUUUUGAUAAUGGUAUUAUUUCAUAUGAAAUGCAUUGCAUAUGUAGUCCACUGCCCCCUCCCCUCUUCCUACCCUUUACCCCUCCCUGCAUCAUGGUAUGAAAUACCUGAUUGCCAUGACAUUUGGCAUAUACCUCAAGAAUUGCUUGAAAAAUAGUCUUCAUGUACUUGUACAUCUUUUUUUUUAUACUGAUAUUUCAAUUAUAAACCUACCAUUUUUCUUUUGAACAUUUAUAUGUAUAGAAAAUAAUUAAACAGAGCAAUUUGAUUCUUUGUUUUUAAAAUUUGAUAUUUAUUAUUUCUAUGUUUGACCAAAAUGUUUUUUUUUAUAUAGUUUGUAAGUUUUGUAAAAAUGGAUUGUUCAUCUUGAUUGAUGUUUAUGUAGAGCAGAUGACAAAUAGUGCCUCAAAAGCGAUUAAGUAAUGUAUGGCAUAGUUUUCCUUUUGUUUUGUACACAGAAUACAUCGGGUAUCAAUUUUGGAGCGACGUGCUCAAGAAUGUAUGCUCAGUUCAUCAAAAUGUUUGAUUUUAUAACGAUGAACAACACUUUGAAAACAGAUAAUAUCACAUUUUGAGAUGAAAAGCUCAGUUUAUUAAUUGUAAUACAUGGAAAACUGUUGAUUUAGUGGGCUGUUUUUGUAAUGUUGUUAUGUUUGGUAAGACACCCCAAAAUAUUUAUCUGACCUAGCAACAAGUAAUGUAUGCAAUUUGCAUUUUAUUGAGUUACAAUAAUAUAUAAGAGGCGAUUGUUAUAGCUUGUUGCUACGGAAACAUGUCAAAAGUUGAAUGCAUUUGAAAAUGGUUUAUUUUUUUUAUACACAAUAAAUUUAGCAGAUUCUUAAUGUUUCUCUAGCCUUAAAUUUUACAUUAAUUUACAAAGAAUCAACUUUCUUGUCUGAUGAACACAGAUAUCAUGAGACUUAUUCUAUGUACAUUAUCUCAUAUUGAGAAUUUUAUAUGAAAAUGAAAGCAAGAUUUUGUGUUUAAUUAAUUCAAUAUUACAUCAUAUUUUUUUUAAUAAAACCUUAUACACUUGUGUACUUACAGGUUGAAUUUUAAUCCAAGGCUGCUAGAAAUAAUUCAAAUUUCUAUAUAUGUAUGACAGAGUGAAGAUUAUAUUUCCCUUGAACAUGUGUUUGAAAUAUCAUGUUUACUAUUAAGUUCUAUCCACAUUAUAUUUUGAUAAUGGUAUUAUUUCAUAUGAAAUGCAUUGAAUAUGUAGUCCACAGAUAGUUUAUUGUAAGUUUUUGUUGUAUUGUAAAACGCUAUGUCGUCAGUGAAUUAGAGAAAUUGUCUGUUGAGAGUCAGAAGGGCAUUUACUGUGUGUUUUAAAGCAUAUGGGUUAAUGCCCUUCUGGCUCCAAACAGACACAAUAUUAAUUAAUUUGAAGCAAGGUGGUCCUGUAUGAAGUUAUGGUGUUGUUAAUGGGCAACAUGUAAUAAUGUAAUGUAAUGUACUUCACGGCAUAUAGUAUUUACAAAAAAAAUCUCCAAAUUGAAGAUUUUUUGUUUUUGUUUUUUGGGUUGACAACUAUUUUUCAAAACACAUAUUGGGCCUCUUAUCUCUCUCUCUCUCUCUCAACACUUUUGUGAUUGCCAAUGGGGCAACCUGGACAGCUGCUUAGUUUGCUAAUUUCAACUUCUGUUGCUCAUUUAUUUGUAUUAUUUUUUCUCAAAGGUCCCAUGAAAUAAUCAAAUCAAAGGCAGAACUAUUUGGUUGCUCAGCAGGAUUGUAGGUGGUUAGUGGCACAAAGACAACUGCUUGUUUCAAGCCCUUUUGGUACCUAAAAGAUACAUUGAUCAAUAAAGAACUAUGAUUAAUCUGUCCUUGACCCCAAUGUUUAUAAGACAAAUAUAUCCCUCUUGCAUAACUAAUACACGUUGUGCUUUAUACUGGUAAUUAGUAAAUGACCAAUAAUCUGCUUGAUAGGUUUCAUUGCCAGAGCUAUUGCACCUCGUAAAAUGUAUUUCAAGUAUGAUUAAGUUGUCUUUUGCCAAGAUUUAUGCAAAUUAUGGAGGCUUUCUUUUAUUAACGUACUUACAAACUCACAAUACUGUAUCAUAGAAAUAUUGAUUUGAUAGCUCUGAGCUUCAAAGAGAAUUGUUUUCACGUAUGUGGGAUAUAAAUUAUGUUUUCAAUUGUAUUUAUUAAAUUUUAUGUUGCAUUGUGAACAAAUGUAAAAGUGCAUUUAUAUGAUUAUAAUUUUCAUGUUUAAGAAUGUAUUGAGUUUAAGUAAGUGGUGUACAAGAAAGGCAAAUGGAUUUUAUGUUAAAAAUGUAAAAUAAUUCGACAGAAAUGAUGUUUUCAUGGAUUAUAUUUUAUUAUUCUUUAUUGCAAUAUUGUUGAACAACGACUGAUGUUGGAGAGAUUAUUGAAUUAAAAUAUUUACAUGAAAUACAA